AUGGUCGAUUGGAAAGAGAGAGGCUAUGUGCCUGACUCAGAUGAUGAAGAUGAGAUCCUUCUUGACGAGAUCGGUGCAAGUCCCAUUCACAAAUCACAGAUCGAUAUCGAGAUCGGCAACUCGGCCAUUCCCUCACAACCAAGGCCCAACUCUUUGACUAUAGACAAUCGUGAUGCCGACUCACACCUACCAGUCACCCAAACAGCCGCAACCGAUCUUUCAGAUCAGGAAGAUGAUCUUCCUGACUUUGAAGACUUCAUUGGUGGGGAGACAGUCAUUGAACAGCCGUCAUUGAUCAACCCAGAAAGUUCAACGGCGGCCAGACUUGAAACGGAACUCAAUAGGGGAAUUCAACUCACUCAAGAUGUUCUUGGACUUUUAAGUGACCUAGACGACGUAACAGACAGCCCUCUCUCAUCACCGCCAGCUUCAUUGCCUGAUACACAUCGUCCAUCUCUAAAAGAUGAGGGACAUGUGGUGGGACCUUCACUGCUAGCCACCCCUACCGUCGACAAUUUGAAUGCACCGGGUGAUGUCCAGAACACUGCUGGGGUAACGCCAUUCAGCCGAUCUUUGAGAACACGUGCCCCGAUCCAACUGCAUCCAUAUGCACUUGAGGAUGCAAAAUACCGACAAAGCUUGAAAGAUCGAGGGCUCAAGCCCGUGCGUACACUCAACACUGUCCAACCCCCUAACAACAAUGUACACGAGGAAUCUCAAGGUCGUGAGUCAUACCAAAGCAGCCAAGCUGAAGAGUCAUUCAAUCAGCUACCCUCCUCGAGCCUCAUGUUGCAAGAACCAGACGAGGAAUCUCAAUCACCUGUUCGCGGCACUCGAACACAGGCACCGCCUUUUGAUCUCGGUGAAGAUCUUCCUGAGUUGGACGACAUUCUCCAAAACCACGCUAUACUACCUCCUGGUUCAGCCACAGUUGCUCGAAAACGACUCCAGCGGGCCCGGAAGACUGGUUCAAAACGUCGUCGUGAUCAAUAUCGCAUCUAUGAUCUCCCAAACGACGAGACUGAAACUGAGCCUAUUGAGAGGACAUCCCAAGCUAGGUUUCGAAUUCCUCCGUCGCCUCCCCGUUCUCAGGAUGAACUAUCAUCACAAGAUGGUAUUAGUGUGGAGAUAGAACGACGGCUUCAUAAUGGUGGAACACCAUUUUCGCUGCCAACUCCCUUGAUAUCAUCGGCCUCUCGUCGUCCAAAGCGACUGCGUUCAACUUCAAUCUCAUCUCGCAAUCCGCUUUCAUUGGAUGGCAGUGAUGUUUCAUCUGAUUCGACGUCAGAGCGCUCAGAUGUUGAACCAGAGGGUAUUCAACGCAUGCAGCGCAGAAUCAAAGGGGUACUGCCAGCAUCAUGGCUGAAAUUGGAUCAGAGGAAACAGGUGAACUUAGAGAGUCAGAGGCAUAAAUUCUCACGCUCUCCAGUGAAAUCGGCUGUUGAAAAGGGCGUGGCGAAACGUGUUCCUUCCAGUACCGCCAGGAAUGGGUUCGGGAUUAGCACUCAACCUGCGUUCGAUGACCGGAAUAUCUAUGGUUCGAGCGAGAGUGAUAGUGAUGAGCCUGGUGAUGUGGGAAAUCAAGGUACGGUUGACGAAGGCUUUGGCAUGUUGAUGGAAGAUGUUGUCGAAGACAAUGCAGUUGAUGCCAUGCUCCCGGCAAGAGCUAGAAAUGUGUCUCGAAGAAAGAAGCUGCAAAAGCUUGGAGACAUGUGGACAGACACCCGUGAUAGACCACCAAAGGCCAGGGCCCACAUUGGCACCCACAAUGAGGUCUCGAGCCCAAGAAAAGCGAGGUCGAAACCAAGUGGAGGGUUGCGGGCUCACAAAAAGACGAAAAGAGUGCACAAACAACCACAGAUCACUGUCCAUGAUGCUCCAGGAUUUGAGGAGCGAGAGAUUCCACGUUUCCUGAGAAUCGCUGCACGACGGAAGAAGAACUCUGAUCGAUCACAGGAACAAAACCCAUCAACCAAGUUCUUUAAGCUUGCAACAAAGAGAGAUACGAUGGAUGUGAGGGAAGGACUGGCCCAGUGGAGGUCUCGUCGCGUUCAAAAACACUCAACGCUCAACCCUACUGCCGAGCCGCAUCAACGAGCCUCGCAAGCUCAGCCGCGUCCCAAAGAAGGCGACGAUGUCAUUGCGAGAGAUCAUAACAACAAAGAUACACACCUUACUCUCCUCAAACAAUCCACCAAGUCAACCCUCAAGCGCGUUCAACUGAAUCAAAUCCAGGCAAAUUUGUUGGAUCACCAUUCAGCCUCACAAUCUGAGCGCGCCUCUCAUCUCCUUUCUGCUUAUUUCAAACCUACUUCAGCAUCGUUCCAUCGUUCCGGCGUGGGACGGUCUCUUGAUCUCUUUAAACGCUCUCUCACUCAAACUGAAGGAAGAGCGAAGCCUCCACACACCAUUCCACUACCUCGAAGAGUACCCAAGAAGACUUCGAGUGUUCCCAACAAUCCUCAGCAGAAUCAAGCCUUGAAUGCUCGUCCUUCAUCGGCCGUGGUACCACGUCAACAACACAGAUUUAAUCAACAGCAUCUCUUGAGUGAUCCUGAUGAUCCUGGUCCUCCCAAUGACACAAUGGAUAUCGCAGAUGAUAUUGAUCCCCCUUCUUCACAUCUCUCAUUCCUUGAACAUUUCCCCCGAAGUAGUGUUGUCACACACUUGACGGACCAUCCUCUCGGAAGUCAACGCGUUGAUACGGCAGAGUGCCUGAACUCAUCUCGUCUAUGGAGAAGUGGCAUUAUCAAGACGACCAUCGAGUCAAUGGCAGAUUUGAACCGAGUUCUUGAACCAAGAGACUUGACUACCUCCGUCAUCAGACCUUACAGUGGCCAAGCCAUUGACUUGGGCCGAUGGUCUUCAGAUUUUCAAAAAAUCAUGUCUGAGCUAGGCUCAGCGAUGAUCAACAUAACCAGCUUUGAUCCGUCCAGAAUUGAUCUUACCACACCUGCCUCUGCUACAGUGCCAAGUCACUCCAUCCUUGUCAAUGGACGACAAGACAACAGCAUUAGCCUUGAAGUCAUUUGCAAGACAGUUCAAGAAUGGAAUCGACUGAUGACCAGCUGUCAACAAACUCUCGAAGGCUUGAUUGACUGCGUCAACAGCACUCUGUGGUUCUUCAACGGUACAGAGAUUGACGAAUUUGUCAAGGUUAGCAUCACCAUGGUUGAACGAGUUAUCCAUGAAAUCAACCUUCGACGUUUUGCAAGAACUGGCAUCACUGCUUCACGCAUCCUUGAUGUAUUGAACAAAGUCAUCAUAUUCAGCUACCAGAUCACAAAAGUGGCAAAGUUUAAUGACUGCUAUGGAUCGCUCGUGGAACGUUGUUUCGCUACCCACCAGAAUCUCACACGUCUCGCUUGGUCAAUUGCUCUCAGAGAAGAUCAUGCAGGCGACCUUAUCUCCUAUCUUGCAAGUUUCACAGAAACUACCUCAUCUGCAAGACUCAGCCCUGGUGCUGAGAUGGAAACAGUCCUCGUUGUCCGACAAUUCUCGACUAGCAAUUUUUGGGACAUCUACUUGAAGCAAUUUCUUGUCCAACGUUUCGAAGAGCCUGAAGCUUAUCCAGCAGAAGCACUUGCCUACACGAUACUCAUUCUUGGAUGUGUUUAUUAUCUGUAUGGUGCUGACCAAGAAGACUACAAGUUGGAUAAAGAUGCCUCAAAUUCUGUGGAUUCAUCUGGUCUUGUUGCAUUACAAACAGCCAUGCCUGCCUUCCUCAUGUUCUACAUUGAUACAAAGCAGAAGUAUCAGAGCGAACCUCAGAGAACCAAGGCUGGAAAUAAUCCCCACAUGGACCGAAUGCUCGAUCUCAGUCAGUUUGGUACUUCCACCUUCGAAUGGUGUCUCUUGCUUGCAAGCAAUUUCAGCAGAAAUAACAUCGACCAAUUACUGAAGAAGAUCUUCAAAUGCUAUGGUGACAACAAGAUGCAUGAUUUCUUCUCUUUGGUAGCUACACACGCCAUGCCGGACUUUCUUGCCAAACAAGUCCCACACUCACAGCUCGUUCUCGACCACCUGGACACAGACUUCCACAUCUUUCUCAAGAUUGUUGCAUCGAGUCUAAGUAUUCGCAACCGGACCUACGAAGCGGAGUACUCAGCCCGACAGAAGAAAUUGGCAUCACGAAAACAAUCCUUGGUGUUUAGCCUUCUCCCAAAUAAUGCAUUUCAGGUCAACGACGACGAGAACCUCACUCUAAGAGAUCUUGCAGCUGUUGCAAAUCGAUACAACUUGUUCUCCACCCUGUACCACUAUUCUCCCAAUGGUUACAAACCUCCUUUGGCGAACAUCGUGUCUCUUAUUGACUUUGGCAAGUCUCAUGCUGCGGUGUGCAAUCUCGCUCUUCAAUGCUGGGCUAGUAUUGGCAAGUCAGCUCUCGCUCAAGAGGAAGAUCCAACAUCUCUGAUUGGACUUGGCCGCUGGAUACAAGAUAUGUUCACGCAGACUGCUCAGAAGCUCUCCUCGAUCCCAGACGAUGCAGAAGACGCAACUUAUCUCGAGAAGCAAGUGAGUGAAGCUAACCGACAAUCAACAAGUGUCCUCCUCUGUACCAUAGUAGAUGUCUGGUGCCAUGUUAUCGAGCUUUGCACGACUGAGAUACAAGCACGACAUGUCAUCAAUGGAGAUCGCCACCAAGGAAUACUUGCUAUCCUUCACCUAUGUUUCGAUUAUCUGAGCCCUCCUGAACCUGUUGUUGUCAAAAUCCUCAACAUUGUGUCCACUUAUCUGAAGAAGGCAUCGGAAGAAAGUAAAGCUCAAACUCUCGAACAAGAUUUGCAAACCAUCCUGCAGAAACUCAUCAUUAGACAGAACAACAGACUUUGGUCGCCAACUGACGGUUUCUUGAUUGCUUUGAUGGAUACUUGGUAUCAAGUUGCUCAGACAAUGGUCAAGCACAAAGUCAGCUCCUGGGAAACAUACGUCAAUCCAGCUUCGACAUUGUCACUUGAAGUUAUGCUCGAUUUUCCAAUUUCUGGACAUUGCAUAGCACUUUUCUUGAGCAGAGCCUUGAUGCAUCAAGAAUGUUUCGACACAGCACCAUUCCUUUUCUUUGAGCACUGGAUUGGAUCGAUUCUACUUCCCCAGAAAUAUUUUAAAUUUCAACAUCUUCUCAUGGACCAAUUAGUGGAGAUUGCCCCUGAAAUCCUCGACUUGGCAAAUGGUGUUGAGAUGAUUUUUCGUGGCAGAUCACCAGGUGUUCCUGUUGACCCUAAGGUUCUAUACCAACACCGACUUGAGAUCAUACUCUAUAUCGUCCACAGCAUUCAUAAACUUCAUAAUACCAUCGAUACCUCGAACAGCGAAGUUCUCAGCAAAUCUCAAGCACUACAACUUCUUUACGCAAUCCAGAGAUUCUUGAAAUGGAGCUGGAAUAAGGAUGUUGAGAUGAGAGAUGAAUGGGCCGUUUUCAUCAACGCAGUCGUCUUUGAAAUGGAUCUUUACCAUGUGGAAGGACUCGAGAUUGACGAAUUGCUAAUCACACCUGAAAUCCGAAGCCAUGAAGUCAAGGCCGUUCAGUUGAGACGUCUGUUCAUCAAAGCGUUCACUCCUGGAACUAUUAACACCGAUGAUGCAAUUGACAACUUCAAGGCUUGUGUCCAAGGCUUCCGCGAGACAUGCGAAGUUGCCUGUUUCACCAAGGAGUUCGCUCCCCUUCUGACCCACACUGCCACCACCUUCAAUGCAAUGGAGGACCAAUAUAUAGAUGAUAAAGGUAGAUAUCUACUGGAUAUCAAAGCGCAACUGCAGUUCCUCAAGGCAGUUCUGCCGGAGUACAUCUCCAGGGCGUUCGAUGAGACACAACCAACGAUGCUGUACGCAAGCAUCGUCCUCGAGAUCGCAAUCCUGGUGAUGGCGCCAGUAGAACUCCGCGUUGACUUUGACGACAUGGCCAGCAUGGAGUCACUCGCCGAACUGGCAGCAAUGCUGCUCGGGGCCGCGUGCCGCAGCCUGCAAGGGCGGCGUGUACGCCGAUUCGCCGGCAUGGCCGACUGGAAGAAAAUGAUCAUCGUACGAGUGGUCGAACUCGUCGCCCGCGGCGCAUUCGCCUGGGGUACCUUGCACGGCAAGUACCCGUCGUCCGCCUCAAUCACCGCGCUACAAGCGCCAGUGCAGACGUGCGUCUGCUACAUCUACGAAUAUGCCACAAUGGCAUUUACUCUCCCGUGGGCGCCAAUUGACCAGGCGUACACGUACGACCUGCGCGUUUACGGAAAACGCGACACCCUCGACUUCGGCUUCCUGCUCCCAGGAGCGGACCUCGCUACUGACGAGGAAAUCAAGACCCUCCGCGCGGUCGUCGAGGGCGACCUCAUCGUCGCCGCGGCUGCGUACGGUGAGCGUUCGCUCACAAUUCCGUGGCGUGGCCCGGGUUGGCCUUACAACUGCCCCGGUGUGGGGAGAGGCGAGGCGUUUGCGGCUACGGCAGCCAGUCAAGACGACGAGAUCGAGCUCGUCAAUGCCGGGUUGAGAAAGUUGCGGGAGGCGAUGGUCCUCCUGGGCUUGAAGGAGGAGGAAGCCUGGGGUGGCUGGGGUGAUGACGAUGACGAUGAUGACGAUGAUGAUGACGACGAAGAAGACGACAAGUGA